CGAUUGCAUCGACUGUCAACGCUGGAAAGACUUGCGCCAUGGAGACAGAGGACAUUGUGAAGGGUCUUGCAGAUGGCAACAAGGAAGGGAAUUCGGCUGAGAUGAACACCACUGACUGUGCAGACGUGCUGGCAACAAUAUAUGCAUAGACUGUAUAGAUGAUGGGUGAUGGUGAUGAAUCAGACAAUGAUGCAGGAGAGAGCACUUAUGAGACGGAAAAGGUUGGGGAAGAGAGAGGAGAGAGAGGUAUGGGGAGCAGGGAAAAUCAUGCAGGGUGUAUUGUUGAGGAUGAAAAUGUGGUCAAGACAUUAGCAGGAGAACAGUUCCCAUAUAACAUCAAUUGGGUGCCUGGUCGUGUUCAACCGGGUAUUGUUGGAGGAGUACCCUGCUUCGCGUUCAAAGUGGUUGGGACUUGGGUUCCAUUUCUUGUCCCCAAAACAAGCGCAUGGCAAAACGUGACUCUAUCAAUCGUGUUUGACAGAGUAUUAAGGUUGAACGAUGCGGCAAGAGCUCAGGAGAAAGGGCAACAUGCGUUGAAAAUGUGGCGUGUUCUGGAGGCGAAGGGCGAGUUCAGGCUUAACGAUUUUUUGUACGACAGUUUUGAUUGCGGAACGUCAUGGGUGAUUGGUGGGAACGAUGCAGCAGCGAGAACGGUGUGCCCCGAGAAUGAUGCAAGGAGGGAUCCUAGGUGGGGUUUGAGGUCAUAUGAGAUCCCGAUUACGUGUGGCCGGGUGAGGAUGCAGAUGCGUGAUGCCAUGGAAAAUGUCUGGAACACGCAUUACAUCAAUGGCAGGUUCUCCUUCAGGCAUCUCAACAAGGAGGUGUCAGAAGAGGAGAAGAAGGCAAUGACAUGUCCCCCUCAUACUGCUGGGUGCUUUUUCCCGCCGUUUCGGAACCCUAUGGAGUUGGAGGUGGUGGACAGGAAACUGUUCUCUGGUGAGGAUGGUGCCACAUACACAGUUGCAAGAGGGCAGGAAGCCACGUAUGAUGGACUAUGGUCGCAGAUAUGGGACCAUGUCAUAUUGAGGCGUGACGUUUUGACUGCCACGGACAUUGGGGCCCAUGUCAUCCCUGAGGGACAGUUGCAGCAGCAUAUGGCCCCUGAAAAGUAUGGCUAUCGCGUCAAUUGGGUCCCGGGAUGUUUGCAUCCUGCAGUGGUUGAUGGCAAGGUGACGAUGGCAGCAAAGCUGCAGUCAGGGCAGUGRCUCCCAUUGGGAUGGAUGCAUGCAGGCAUUGUGGAGCAUUGGCAGUUCCUGGUUGUUCUGGCACGUGUCUCAAUUUUCAAUGUAAAUGUUAAGGACCACGUGCUGUUGGUUGAACACGCAAAGCGCUGUUGGGAGAAGAUCAGGGAGGAGGACCGUYAGAUGGUGUGUGCGGGUUACGACUCCAUGGCAGACCAGGGGAUGUGGUCCAUGGUUGAGGGGAGUUGCGCUGGGCAAGAGCACGGCGACGGUGAGAACAUAUACAUGGCUCACAUUCGCCGCGGGCACCGUUGCACGACCCUUCUUGGUUGGGUCCCAGUUGUAUGUCCCAUGACAUACGAGCAUGGUGGAGAUGUCACCAUGACAUUCACAGACCCGCUUGGUGUGCCUUUCCAUCUUACCUAUUCAGAUGGACUCCUGCGAGACAUUCGGUAUGUCGUGGAGAACGACUUGGCAGGUGGAUUGACGUGGAAGGGCAAGAGGACAGAGAAGCGCUCCGGAAUUUUCCGUUUGUCUGCUGAGGUGGAGGGCCUAUGUGGUCCUGGUGGCAGCGCAGGGUGCUCUGUAGCACAGGGGAACACGGUCGGCCCAAGUCACGCUGCGAUGUCCCAGAGCCCGAGGAAGAUGAAGAAGUGCGCGUCGAAACCGCCAACUGGGAAGACGGCUGCAGGCAAAAAGAAGAAGGGCCCGAAGCUCGUGCCAGCCACCGGUGACACUGCAGAUGCACGCAGUCAGCCCCACAGAUGUCGUCGACGCCCCGGGAUGGCAACUCUGGCGGAAAUCAGGAAGUUGCAACGAUCCACCGACCUCUGUUUAGCUUUCAGGCCAUUCUUGCGGAUCGUGCGCGAGGUUGUGGAGGAGGACAUUGCUCCUGGUGCGGGCGUGAGGUUUCAGAUGACGGCGGUGCGUGCUUUGAUGGAGGCUGCCGAGGCGUACCUCGUUGCCAAUUUCGAGAACACCAACGAGGUCGCGAUCCACUCGAAGAGGGUGACGAUCCAGGUCAAGGACAUGAGGCUGGUGGAUAGGUUGUCGAAGUCUCGCUGGUGGAUGUGCAACGAAGGGAUGUGCGAAGAUGGAGACGUGGACAUAACAAUGCACCAAAAAGGGGGAACGUAUGCACCUGCAGAUUUCAAAAAGUUGUUGGGCACUGUGGCGAAGAACUCCGACAUGCUUGUUGAUGGGUCCAAGGACGAGUUGAAAAGUGGUGCUGCAGAGAUCUUGGUGUUGUCCAGAAUGAAGGACAUCACACAAACAUCACCACAAGACUUUCAAGAUGUUCCUGUAAUUGUUGCAGAUGGUGUGGAAUAUGUUCUGCUGGAUCAGCUCUGCAAUUUCAUGAAAAAGAGUGAUGAGGACAGGAACGUCAUCCACGAGGCGUUGCACGAAGUGACAGAGUUUGCACUGCAGGGUAAAGAUCUGAUCGAAUUUAUAGCAGAUACAGAGGAGCUACUGCUUGCGGAUAUCUUCAACGCUAACGCUAUGGAGAGAGAUCAGUGUGAUGUUGGAUUCGAAGACGCCGAUUUGGCAAGUUGUCUUGCAAUAUACACAGACAAUGAAGAUAUAGCAGAAGAUGAAGAAGAGGAUGAGGAGGCAUCGUUUUCUGACGUGGAGGUCUUUCAUGUCCUUACGAACUUUGAAUUCACAUCGUGCGAGGGCAUGCCCGACUGUGGUGGACGAAAGAGCACGAGGGAGGAGAUGGGUGUUGUUGACGCCUGCAGGCCAUCAAACAUAGGUGCAGUGAAUCUCGUGAGCGAUGAGAGCGAGGACAUCGGAGCCCCCAAGAACGCAGACGGGGAGGGCGGGCCAUUCGCAGAGCAGCAACCGCCGUCUGCCGAGUCUUUUGACAACUCUCGCAAGCUGGCGGCACUGAUUUUCUCUGCCAGGGGCGGCGUCGGUAUGUCGCAGAGUGACAUAGAUGCUCUUUUGUCACUUCUCAAAGACCCAAGAUUCAACACGACAGACAUUGCGUACCGUAAUAGUCGAGAGUGUUUGACAUGGGCAGGCAGUCUAGCAGAGGCUGCGGGAUGGAAGGAGUCGGAUCUGCGUAGCGACGACUGGCCACGAGAUGCGCACACCAUCUUGUGGCACCACGAUUGGCGAACCACAUUUCUGUCGAUUUUUAAUAUCGCAUUACAGAAAUGCGAGACGGUGUCUUCUCUAGAGGUGUCCCCGCUCGGUGCCGAGAACCGUCCGCCCAGGGCCCCCGAGAAGAGGUCGCGGGAAGAUGAAAUCACAAAGGUGCACCGCAGGACAAAGAAGAGAAUCUCCUACAAAAAGGACACAACGGUGGACAUGAUCAAUCUGACAGGGUCGGAUGAUAUGCACAGCGGAGCCCGAGAGGAAACAGAGGAGGAACACGACCACCCCUCAUCGGAAAAGUCCGACAGGGAGGAUGACAACACGUCAAGGGACGAGGUCGACGACAGUGAGACCUCCCACGGACAUCCUCGCGACAUUGACGAGGUUGACGACGACGACGGCGGGAGUGACGACAGCACCACGCACAAAGAGGGUGAUGAUGGGUCAGCCGAAGAUGACAGAAGCGCAUCUAGAAGAGUGAGUUCCCUGUCCCCAGGAGGAACACAACGCACGAGGGUCCCCGGGAGGAACACAACGCACGAGGGCAGCGCUGCCGACACGCCUUCCAUUGACAGACAAAUAGUGAGGCACGCUAAUACUGCGGAAAAAGAUAACACGAACUUGCAAGCAAAAGUGUGUGCGAAUACUGGAGGACAGCAUCAAGUGAAUGAAGAGUCCGGCGCAUUCACAAAGAGAAUGAGGUGCAGGUUGUUCCGCUCGGUCGCGAAAGCCUUUGCGUUCUCCGCAGCAAAGGACGCAACUCUGUACCCUACAGAGGAUGCAUUUUUCACAUCGCUGCAAACCAUGGCCAAACUGGUGGGGGAGAUUGCGGAGGAAGGACUGCACUCACACGUAGCGUCCUGCGGGAUUCGAGCAGUCAUAGGGGAGUGCAACAGAAUGAUGACGACCGUGCGUGGGGAAAUAACAUGGCAGCUGAAACAUUAGUUUUGGACUGAAAAAAGGAUCCCGCUUAUGCGGUCGCAGCAAACAGAUCACCAGCUCCCCACUCGCAACAAGAUGCGAGCAGAGAUGAAGGAAAAUAAAACGUGGCGAUGGAGCGGCGAUGAUCCUUGGGGCGCCCCUGCCUUCAAGAUGGCCCUCACCAAGGUUUUUCAGAUGAGGAGGGACAGCGUCAACCUUGGAGUGACACUGUAACAAUUGGCUUUUGCGGAGAUGGUUAUGCAAUGCGAAAUGUAGCAGACAACAAAGACCACCAAAGUCG